AAUCCACGCCCACGUGUUCUAAACCUUUAAAAACUUCGAAGAACGGGUUCUAACACCAUUUAUUUCACACGACUUUCUUCCCCCUCCAUGUGAUUAAAAUUUAAUCACUUUUAUAACAUUUCACAAAAUUCCGAACUUAUUAACUCGUUUGUUAUAAAAACCGAUAAUCGAGUUUGGCCUCCAAAUUGACUUAGUUGGGUGUUCAUUUUCUUGAGUUGACACUCCCAAUACUUGCAAGACACAUGUGUACAGCUUCAAAUAUUUGGGAAGAAGGUUAACUUAACAAAAGUUUAUAUUCACGAUGAACGAGAGGCAAAGGUUUGCUCAGCUCUUAAGAGUUUGCUCAAAGAAUCUUCUUUUAGAUCAAGGAUUGCAGGUCCAUACCGCAAUACUAAAAAUGGGUUACGCGUUUGACAUGAUGAUAAACAAUGACCUCAUAGAUAUGUACGGAAAAUGUGGCAGGUGUGAGAUUGCACGUAAGGUGUUCGAUAAAAUGCUUCAAAGAAACGUUGUAUCUUGGACAUCUCUUAUGUGUGGGUACUUGAAUCUGAACGAUGCCAAAAGCUCAUUAUUGCUCUUAUGUAAAAUGGGAAGGUCUGUUGUUAAACCAAAUGAGUUUACUUUCUCUACAAAUUUUAAAGCUUGUGGCUUUGUGGGUGUUGUUGAAAAUGGUAUGCAGAUUCAUGGGUGGUGUUGUAAAACUGGCUUUGAAUGGUUCCCUGUGGUGGGGAAUUCUAUGAUUGAUAUGUAUUCGAAAUGCGGAAACGUUGAUGCAGCAGCUCAGGUGUUCGAUAAAAUGCCUGAGAGAAGCUUGAUAAGUUGGAAUGCGAUGAUAGCGGGAUAUGCGGUUAGACACACCGGUAACAAAUCUUUGGUUUUGUUCAAGGAAAUGCAGACGCAAGGAAAAGUUCCGGAUGAGUUUACUUAUACGAGCACUUUAAAGGCGUGUGCUGGUAUAGGUGAACUGUCGGCUGGGAGGCAACUUCAUGGUUUUAUGAUUUCUACGGGGUUUCGGUUGUCACAGCAAACGAUUGUUUCAGGUUCACUCAUCGAUUUGUAUGCGAAAUGCGGGUGUUUGUUUGAGGCACAAAAAGUGUUUGAUUUAGUCGAAAGGAAGAGUGUGAUCUCUUGGACAACGCUAGUUGUAGGCUACGCUCAAGAUGGAAACUUGUCAAAGGCUAUGGAGUCGUACACCGCACUUAGAAAGAGCAACAUUCCGGUUGACGGGUUUGUUCUUUCAAGCGUGAUGGCGGUUUUUGCCGAUUUUGCUCUUCUUGAACAAGGGAAGCAAAUGCAUGCUUACAUGAAAAAAGUCCCGUUUGGUCUAGACGUCUCGGUGUCAAAUUCAGUCAUGGACAUGUAUCUUAAAUGUGGUUUAAUAGAAGACUCACGUAAAGUAUUCAACGAAAUGCCCAAACGGAAUGUGAUAUCUUGGACCGUCAUGAUAACCGGUUACGGAAAACAUGGUCUCGGCAAAGAAGCGGUUAACAUAUUUGAACACAUGCUAUCGGAGAACCUUGACCCCGAUGAAGUGACGUACUUGGCCGUACUCUCGUCUUGUAGUCACUCCGGGUUAGUCGACGAGUGUAAAAAAUACUUCUCUAGAUUACGCAACGACCCCACGAUCAAACCGAAUGUAGAACAUUAUGCUUGUAUGGUUGAUCUCCUUGGUAGAUCGGGGCGUUUGAAAGAAGCUAGAGAUCUUAUCGAGAACAUGCCCGUGAAGGCGAAUUCGGGGAUUUGGCAGACGUUGCUUAGUGCUUGCAAAGUACACGGAGAUUUUGAAAUGGGACGUGAAGUAGGAGAAAUUUUAUUAAAAAUGGAUGAUGUAAGCGUUGUAAACUACGUGAUGAUAUCAAGCAUCUACGCCAAUGCCGGCUUUUGGAACGAGAGUGAACGUGUUAGAAAGUCGGUUAAAGCCAAAGGGUUAAAGAAAGUAGGUGGGCAGAGUUGGGUAGAGAUCGAUAAAACGAUCCACUUUUUCUACAACGGAGAUGAGAGACACCCGUUGACACCACGAAUCCACGAAAAGUUGAAGGAAGUUGAGAAACGAUUGAAAGAAGAAGUGUGUUACGCUUACGAAGUGAGGUUUUCAUUGCAUGAUGUGGAGGAGGAAUCGAGGGAAGAGAGCUUGAGGGUUCAUAGUGAAAAGUUGGCGAUCGGGCUCGUUUUGGUUCAUGAUGAAGGGAGCGAGAAAGAUGAGAGGAGACUGAUUCGAGUUUUUAAAAACCUAAGAGUGUGUGGAGAUUGUCACGAGUUUAUAAAGGGCUUGUCGAAGAUAUCGAAGAAAGUGUUUUUGGUAAGAGAUGCUAAUAGGUUUCAUAAAUUUGAAAAUGGUGAGUGUUCUUGUGGAGAUUAUUGGUGAUGGUGGUGUUUGUAUCCAAAGAUUGCUUAUGUAACUUGAACUAUAAACGCGCAUAUGCGUACUGGAGGCGGAAUACUACUGUAUCGGUAAUUGGGUGUAGAGAGUCCGGCGGCUGAUGUUCAAAUACCCGCGUGUAAAAAAAAUGGUUCAGUGGGCCCACAUGGAAAAACGCACAUUCUUGAGGCAACGCGUUGAGGCGGCUUUAUUGAUGGACAGCGAGUAUUCGGAAGCCUUAACCCUCUUUCUGGUUUGGUCAAAGAAGUCAGAGGACUGGAUGACUGUUACUUCUUGUUGAUAUGAUGUUAUAAUGUUAUGCAAAGUCAUUGUGAACCAGGAUGAGUCAACAUAUUUACAGAUUUUGGUGUAAAAACUAGGUUGACAAAAUGGGCGUGUCGGGCAGGUUCGGGUCAUGGGUCAAAACAGAUGGGUUAUGAGCAAAAAGAGUUCGGGUCAGACUGGGCCAUCUUUAAAAAACCGUCAACCUAGUUACUGGAAAUUGGAAUAUUUGUUGGAUCUUGAAAAUUCUGUGUACUGAUUUGUUUUGGCGACUUAAAGGAAACCGAGCAGCUCAGAAAUCCAAUAUCAAACAAGAUAAUGCAGAGCUGAGGUAGUCAGUGGCGAAGCUUGAGAUUUCCGACCGAUGGGUCGAUAACGUAUAUACCCAAAUAUUUCUAUAAAACUGGAGGGUCGAAAGUAUAUAUACCAAAAAAUUUCUAUACGAAAACUACAUACUCUCCGCUACUGAGCAAAAAGUUUGGGGGGUUGGCGGCCCCCUCCCGCCCCCACUAUGCUACGCCCCUGGAGGUAGUUUCUUGUUAACACCUAUGGUGUUUUGCAAUAUUAAGUCUGCAACUUCAUAUUUAACCCACUAUUUCUAAUAAUGUUCCAACACCAAGCACCUCUGUGCCUUCAAAUUGUCAUAUUAAAAUUUGAGAUGCUCAUUUUGACCCGCUGACUAAUUUGAGAUGAACCAUAUUGACCCGUUGACUAA